UGUCAUUAGCUGGUAUAUAAGAGCAUUGCAUCCCUCUCUACCUCUCUCACACACACACAGUGUGUUGGCUGGGAAGGGGAUAGUCUUGGGGAAACUAGGGAUUAAAUUGUCUACCUGCCUUUAAAGGAAUAAUUUUCCACUCUGGAAUUUCCAUUAAAGAGAUCUUGAAACAACAUCUUACAGGGAGUCGAAGCUCUUCAGAACAAAGUCUUAGCUAUUGUCGAAACUCAGUGACAUCAUUGUCUUUAUCACCUGAUCUUCAACCUCUUCGUCACUCACCAGCGAACGUCAACACCGGACGCAACUGAAGACCAUGAGCAGCAACUACAGUGUCACUCUCUCAGGCCCCGCCCCCUGGGGCUUCAGGCUGCAAGGAGGGAAAGACUUCAACAUGCCUCUCACCAUCUCCAGGCUGACAGAUGGUGGGAAGGCGGCCAAAGGUGGGAUUGCAGUCGGAGACUUGGUUCUGUCGAUUGACGGCAUCGCCACAGAGGGUAUGAACCACCUGGAGGCCCAGAACAAGAUCAAAAACUGCACUGGCGACCUCAGCCUCACCCUGCAGAAGGCUCCCAGUGUCCCUAAACCCCCUCCUGUGGCACCAAAGGACGACAGAUUAACCAUCAUAAAGCCAGUGGCCCUCACGCACCCCCCUCCUCCAAAUCAUCCUCAUCCUCACACCUCCAGCCCCACCACCGCCCCCUACAACAAGGCCCCCAGACCUUAUGGGGGCUGCGGGUCAGAGAAUGAAUACCCCCCGUCGCAGUCCCCUAUAGCUGCGUUCAUUCCAUCCCCCUCCUCCGCCUUCACUCCUGCGUCCUCCAUCUCCUACACCAGCCCUCCUCCACCACCUGCUUCUUACCCAUCCUCUUCCUCCUCCUCCUCCUCCCCCCCUGUGCUCGUUCCACCCCAGCCCUCGGUAUAUAACACGCCGAUCAACCUCUACUCCAACGAGAACGCAUGCGAGGUAGCCAUGGGGCAGAGGCGGGGCCUGUUGGAGAGUCAGGGCGGAGCCUUACCAUUGCAGUUUAAUGGUGGACCUCAAAAUAUUUUGAAAAAACCCCAGGCACCAAGAGCUCCUAGGAAACACGUUGUGGAGACAGACAUCCAUUUUUACCAUGUGCCCACUCAUGCUGAUGCCAGUAGAAAGCGUAUAAUGGAGGACACAGAGGACUGGCGCCCACGGACUGGGACUACCCAGUCUAGAUCCUUUAGGAUUCUGGCUCAGAUCACUGGCACUGAGAAUGCUCCACAAGAGGAUGCUGAUGCAGCCAAGAAGACAAACGAGGACGGGGAAGAGCCAGGACUCAACACCCAUGAGUCUGCAGUCGUCAAAACCAUGGUCAAAGGUCCUGCCACAACCCAGGGUUGUGGUCGACAGACUGGUUUGAUCACCCCAUCGUUUGGUAUGAAGGGGAACGGCAGUGUCCCAAGAGGUCCUGUCCCAACACGACCUGUACCUCAGCCCCACCCUAAAGACGAGGACACCCUGGUUCAGAUGGCAGAACAUAUCCCUGCUGGGACUCGCACGCCCAUGUGCGCCCACUGCAACAUGGUCAUCAGAGGACCGUUUUUGGUAGCGAUGGGAAAAUCAUGGCACAAGGAAGAGUUUAACUGUGCCCACUGCCGUACGUCCUUGGCAGAUAUAGGCUUUGUGGAGGAGCAGGGAUGUGUCUACUGUGAGCACUGUUAUGAAGAGUUCUUCGCUCCAACAUGUAGCCGCUGCAAGGCCAAGAUACUGGGGGAGGUGAUAAAUGCCCUCAAACAGACCUGGCAUGUCUACUGCUUCCUGUGUGCUUGCUGUCAGCAGCCAAUCAGAAACAACACCUUUCACUUGGAGGAUGGGGAGCCAUACUGUGAACAAGACUUCUACAAUUUGUUCGGGACUAGCUGCCAUGGCUGUGAGUUCCCCAUCGAGGCUGGAGAUACGUUUUUGGAGGCCCUUGGAUACACCUGGCAUGACACCUGCUUUGUCUGCGCUGUGUGCUGCACCACCCUAGAGGGUCAAACGUUUUUCUCCAAGAAAGACAAGCCGCUUUGCAAGAAACAUGCUCAUACAUUCAAGAUAUGAAUCUUGGACUUGCUGCAUACUUUUUGACCAUAUUUUAUUUGUGACUGGUGUCAGAAAGACCAUGUCAGAAGGCUUCACAUCAUAGUUAACUCAUAAAGUAACAGUAAUACCCAGUCAUGUAGGUGGCAGCUCCUGCUGGUGGUUAUAAGGGAAAUAAUGCUUUUUUCUUAUUCUUUUGUCAAAAUUAAAGUUCAUUUCUACCCUAAAACACUAG